AUGCAGAACCAUAGGACUUGGAGCUGGGCUUUCCUGGGUCUGUUUAUGAUCAGUCAUCUUCCAGCUUUCUCUGCCAGGAGCAUCGGAUGGACCAAGGAAAUAACCCUGCAGGACUUGGGAUCUGACCCCCUGCUUCCUGGAUACUCUUCCUUGGCAGACCCUUUGGAAUCCUCCAUUCCUGACCAUUCUGGGCUCAAAUUAAAUCCUUUGUCUGAUAGCUCAGGGACUAUUGUUCCUUUGGAGCCUGAUGCCUCUCUCCUUGACCACCCUUCGCAAUUUGGGAAUUCUGGGCUUCAACGUUUGCUCCUGGAUGAGAGUUCAUCCACCCAGGGGCCCCUGGCCUCUGAUAACACUUGGCAAAUGGUGGCUCACUCCUAUGAUGAUUUUCUGCCUGAUAGUCCUUCUUCCCCUGAAAGUGCUAUACCUUCUGUGGCUAGUGGGUCCCAGACAGCAGUUACCUCCUCAGACUCAAUCAGCUCUUCCCCUGAUACUCCACUCCUCCUCAAGGACACUGAGCAGAAGCGGCCUCCCCGUUCUGAUCCUCUAGGACAAAGUGGGGAUAUCCCUGCCCAACGCUCUCCUUGGUCCCUCAACAACCGAAUUCGUCAGAAGCCUUUGCCUGGUCACCCAUGGGGGACUCAGAAUAUCAAUCCUGAGGUGUCUUGGGGAAGUCAGGGUCUUGGGACUGGUUGGGGAGGGAGGCCCCUUAGACUUCCUGUGGGAAGUUGGGGAAUUAGCAAUCAAUACCCAGGUACUGUUUGGGGAAACCAUAAUCAGUAUCCAGGUACUAGCUGGGGGGGUAUUAAUAGAUACCCAGGUACUAGCUGGGGGGGUAUUAAUCAAUAUCCAGGUCCUAAUUGGGGGAUUAAUACUAGAUACCCUGGCACUAGUUGGGGGACUAAUAAUUGGUACCCAAGUAUCAACUGGGGAGGUAACAAUCAAUAUCCAGGGAACACAUGGGGAAUUAAUAACCAAUACCCAGGAGCCCUUCGCCCUCCCAGUUCUGCCUGGAACAUCCCUCCUAGAUACCAAAAUCAUCCCUGA